AGCGCGUUAUCGUCAGGAAACUUGUGGCCACGAGCUCUUGGUCCAUUUAUGCUGUACCAGCUUGACCAAUUGGUAAAUGUAUGAUACACACUCAAACAAACCAUUCUAAGUGCCUUUUCGCUCACUCUAAUAUGGCGCCUGCGCCCCUUCUCACGCUCAUCUUCUUUCUCUAUCUUCCUCUUCUUUCGCUUCAUCAUGCAUUUGCACAAUCGAACACAAACAUCACCCAAGGGACCACCCUUUCCUCUUCCUCUGCAAAUAACUCAUAUCGGACCUCUCCUUCUGGUGAUUUUGCAUUUGGGUUUUAUUCAAUAGAAGGCAACCAAUUCCUAGUUGGAAUUUGGUUCCAUAAGAUACCGGAGAGAACCCUGGUUUGGUCAGCAAAUAGAGAUCAACCUGUGCAAUCUGGCUCCACCAUUCAGUUGACACUUGAUGGGAGGCUAGGCUUCACAGAUUCAAAGGGCCUGGAAACUUGGAUAUACAAUCAAACGACUGGUGUGAGCUCAGGAGCCAUGCUUGAUACUGGUAAUUUCAUAUUGGUAGACUCUGUAUCCUCUAUUUUAUGGCAAAGUUUUGAGAACCCCACUGAUACUUUAUUACCAGGCCAAACCUUUGGCCAAGAAAAAUACUUGUAUUCGAAUCGCUUGGAGGGAGAUUAUAGAACUGGUAGAUUCAUGUUAGUCAUGCAAGUUGAUGGAAAUCUUGUGCUCUACCCGAAAGGUCGGAGGGGUCUAGAUCCUAAUGGAGCAUAUUAUGCGUCCAGAACAGAUGGAGCAUCAUCACCAGUUCGUUUGGUGUUCGAUCGCUCGGGUGUUCUUCAUCUCACAAACUCAAGCGAUCAGGUAAUCGCCAAUGUUUCUUCAAAUGCACUGAACUCUGAGGAUUUUUAUCUAAGGGCCACAAUUGAUAGUGAUGGUUUUUUCCGGCUAUACUCUCGCCGAAGAAAUUCGAACAACGGAGAAUCAUGGAUAGUUGUAUCAAAGAUUCCUAAUGACAGAGAUGCUUGUGGAGUAUCAGGUGCUUGUGGCCCCAAUGCUUAUUGUGUUCUGCAGCAAGAUAAGGCGGGGUGUCUUUGCCCACAAAAUUUUUCCUUCAUUGAUGCUAAAUACGCUUUUGAUGGGUGUAAACAGGAUUUCAAUAGAGGGUGCUCUGCUUACUUAGCAUCGGAUUAUACAUGGGCUGAGUAUGAGAACGUUGAUUGGCCUACAGGGGAUUACGAAAGACUAGAUGUCAAUGAAGAUAAAUGUAAGGAGGUUUGCAUGAAUGAUUGUUUGUGUGAUCUGGCCAUUACUAGAAACAAUGAUUGUUGGAAGAAGAGGAUGCCAGUCACUGAAGGCCGAAAGAGAAGCAGCAUAGCAGGAAAGGCUCUUUUCAAGGUUCCACUGAAGAGUGGGCCAUUGGAGAGAACAAAGACAAUAGAGACAAUAAAGAAAGAGGAUGGAAACAAAACCAUGGUCCUAGUAAGUUGGUGUCUCAUGAGCUUCUCUGCAAUUCUUUUCAUACUAUCCAUGGCUGCAAUUGCUUUUGCUUUCAAGAAAGGAAGCAGGUCCCGUUUCAUCUCAAACAAUGUAGAGAGUAUAGAGGCCAACCUUGUAUCAUUCAAAUAUGCACAAUUACAAGAAGCCACAAAUGGAUUCAAGGAGCUUCUAGGGAAUGGCGCCUAUGGGAGUGUCUACAAGGGCAUCAUGGAUGUUGGGCGUGAGGUCCAAAUCGCUGUAAAGAGACUGGACAAGGUGGUGGAGAGAGGGGAGAAGGAGUUUCGAACUGAACUACAUGUAAUCGGUCGAACCCAUCAUAAAAACUUAGUUCGCUUACUAGGUUUCUGCGACGAGGGUGAUCAAAGGCUUCUGAUCUAUGAGUUCAUGCCAAAUGGGUCUCUUGCAGAUUUCCUGUUUGGCCCAACCAAACCAAGUUGGAGCGAGAGGAUCCAAUUAGCAUUUGGGAUAGCAAGAGGGAUCACUUAUCUUCAUGAAGAGUGUGAAACCCCUAUCAUACAUUGUGAUAUAAAGCCUCAAAACAUACUUCUUGACGAGUUUCGCACCCCAAAGAUUUCCGAUUUUGGUCUGGCAAAGCUGUUACAACACAAUCAGACCCAUACAACCACCGGCAUUAGGGGGACAAGGGGGUAUGUGGCUCCGGAGUGGUUUCGAAAUGUUUCAAUAUCUACAAAAGUGGAUGUUUAUAGCUUUGGAGUCGUGUUGCUUGACAUCAUUUGCUGCAUGAAGAAGAGCGAUCAUCAUGAUCAUAACUUGGAGGUGCAAUUUGUGUUAUCAGAAUGGGUAUAUGAUUGUUUCUUUGAGGGGAAGGUGCAUGAGCUAGUAGAGGGAGAUGACGCGGCCCUGGGUGAUUUAGAACAAGUUGAAAGGAUGGUUAAGGUGGGAUUGUGGUGCAUCCAAGAAGACCCAUCCAUGAGACCUUCCAUGAAGAAGGUGGUUCAGAUGCUAGAAGGGACCAUAGAAGUUCUGGCACCACCUGAUUCCUCUACCUCAUGGUUAUGAACAAAACCACCUAUCAAAUGAAAUGUCACACUCAAUUUUCGCUUUUCCUGGUCAUGACUUUGGCAUUUAAUAGUCUGCCACUACCACUCUUCUUUUUACCAUUUCCUAAUCCUUUAAUCGCUUACCAUUAUUAGUUGAUGUGCUUUUAUUCUACAGUAAUGUGUUUAAAAUGAAUUUUUAGAUUUGGUACUCCUUUGUUGUAUAUAUUGGUGUGAAGGUAAUUUUGGUACUCAUUUGUUGUAUAAAUUGGUGCAAUGCCUAUGU